AUGGCCAAAGAGACUUUGGGUAAUUACAGGUCCAGUGACUCAAGCGAUGUCGCUGCCACGAAAUACAGCGGUGCACAAUUGGCAAGAAAUAACCCUGAUCUCUCGGGUUCAGUGGAGGGUUUAGAAAAUGUCAAGUCAAUGCCGACGAUCUGUCGAACACGGACUCCAGAGUGCUGUGAACUCGAUGGAAAGCAUGUUAUCAAUCCUCGCUCGCAUUUGAGAACAGGUGAACAUAUGAUUGUCGAGUUUGACGGUCCUGAUGAUCCCUACCAACCUCUGAAUUGGUCAUUCUCAAAGAAGGCCAUUACAACUAUUCUCUACGGAUUCACUGCAAUGGUGUCAACUGAAGUCGCGACCCUCGGAACUUUAUUGCUUCUAUUCGCCUUGGGAUUGGGUCCUCUCAUCUGGGCACCAAUAUCAGAGAUGUACGGACGAAAGCCCGCUGUUGUCAUCCCUUAUUUCUUCGCCGCUGUGUUUUCCUUUGCUACUGCGACCGCCAAAGAUAUACAGACUGUUAUGAUAACCCGCUUUUUUACCGGGUUCUUUGGAUCUGCCCCUGUGACAAAUUGCGGCGGGGUGUUAGGCGACAUUUGGACACCUGAACAGCGUGGUGCAGCGAGAGUGAUAUACUCAUUGGCAGUAUUUGGUGGACCUGUUUUAGGCCCUAUCGUGGGAGGUGCUAUCUCACAAAGCAAUCUUGGCUGGCGUUGGACUGAGUAUCUUACCGGGAUCAUGAUGAUGGUGUUCGCUAUAUUAGACAUCCUCAUUGUAGACGAAAGCUACCCACCUGUCCUAUUAAAAUAUACGGCACAGCGCCUACGCUUUGAAACAGGAAACUCGGCACUCCAUGCCCACCAUGAAGAGUGGAAUUUCACUUGGAGAGAUUUUGGGAAAAAGUAUCUUCUUCGUCCCCUACGACUCCUAAUAACCCCAAUUUGCUUCUUCGUUGCACUAUAUGCAUCAUUUGUAUACGCAAUUCUUUACCUCAGCUUAGCCGCAUUCCCAAUCAUUUUUCAAGACAUUCGAGGUUGGAAUCAAGUUGUUGGUGCUCUUCCUUUCCUGGCCUACUUUAUCGGUAUUUCCAUCGGUGCCGUUAUCAACCUCGCCAAUCAAAACUUGGCGUGA